AUGACCCGCAAACUAAUUGAAGAGUACAACAAGUGGGGGCUGGAGGUAAAGCUCAAGAAGACGGAAUAUAUGUGUAUCGGCGGCGAACAACAGAACUUAAUCCUAGAGCAAAAGAUAAAACACUGCCAAAAAUAUAAAUAUCUUGGCAUGCACAUUGCCAACGAUGGUAGCCUUGAUGAAGAAAUUAAGUUCAGAGACAACCAGGGAAGACAAGCAAUUAGACAACUCAACAGUAUUCUAUGGGAUAAGGCAGUAUCAAAACAAAACAAACACAACAUUUAUAACAGCAUAGUUAAAAGCAUCAUUAGUUAUGGUAGUGAUAUAUGGCCUUUGAAAGAAAAAAACCUUAAGUUAUUCGAAGCUACAGAAAUGGAUUUUUGGAGGCGCGCGGCCGGGAUAUCGAAACUGGAGAGAGUAAGAAAUGAAAGAAUUCAGAACAUCAUGGGCUUUAGGUGGUACGGGCACGUACAAAGACUGGAAGAGAGCAGAAUUCCAAAGAAGGUACUCAAUUGGACACCACAAGGUAAAAGAAAGAGAGGGAGACCUAGACGGAAUUGGAGAGAAGGAAUAGACGAGGAUAUCAGAACAAGAGGAAUAGACAAAAACUUCUGGACAUACAGAGACCAAAGGAGACUGGAAAUCAGAAGACGGCGAAGGACGUUAUGA